GACAACCAUCGAUUGAGGUCAAAAUGAGUGCCCAAAACCUCUACAAGUGCAUGUUGUGCAAAAAACGCCAUGCCCUCAGAUACUGCCCAAUUUUCAUCCAGAUGACGGUGGAGGACAGGAGGGUAGUAGUUCGACAGCACAACUACUGCCGAAAUUGUCUGGCGAAAAGCCACACAAUUGAUGACUGCCAGUCGGCAGAUACUUGUCGAAAAUGUGGGUUUCGGCAUCACACCAUGCUGCACCCACGAAAACUCACCUUCAACUCCAGCAGCUCUACCAUCACCACCAAAUCGACCUCAUCAAGACAACAACCCCAAAAGAAACCACCAACUUUAGCACGGCCUCGACGACAACAAUCAACAUCAACUCCGGCCCAACGCAAACAACCAGCUAAAUCACGCCUUGGCCAACGUCAACACACAGCCUCAGCUGGUCAACAACAGCGACAACCCAAAAAACGCUACAGGUCUCAGAGUCAAAGAGGCCGCCUGCCACCAAAGCCAAGACCUCAGCAAAAGCCAAGACCUCAACAGAAGCCAAAGCCACAGAAAGCCAAAAAAGAACGCUCAGCAGCCCCUCAACCGAAUUACUUGAUACUGUCAGAGGCUAUAAAGUCCUUGGCGACCGUACUUUGCGCUUCCUCAUCAAAUUUUGCGUAACCGCAAGGCCGGCGCCAUGGACAAAUUUGCAUUUGUCCCUUAAAAAUUAAGAACAUAUCGUAGAAUAAGUUGUAUGAAUUAUUGAAUUGUAUUGUGAAUUGAUAUGAAUUGUCUAGCGUAUAAGAGAUCCUUUUUUGCCAUCCGUACUAGAUUGUAAGACUAUUGUGAAUUGUUAGUUAUAAGCCUUUUAGUACUGCAGCUCACUUGCCCUUUCUGUAAUUUUUAAAACUUCACUUCUUACACAACCGCAGCAAGGUGAGCAUCCACACUUUUUUCUCCUCUCCUAAUAACACCCUUACCUUUGUAAUCUCGCAACCGAAA